GCAAACCAGCUCUAGGCGGCUCUGGGUAGGUUGUCGUUCUGUGGGCUGCGGAAAGCAGACUUCGGCUGGACUUGCCUGCGGUGACAGCUGCUCCCCUCUGAGAGCUUCAGGUUCUCCGGCCUGCCUUCACUGGUUUGUGUCCAGAGCCGGACUGAUUCUCUCAAUUUGCAUGAAGAAACUGAGGCCCGGAGACACAGUUAAGUGUAGGAGCUAAGACCUCAACCCAGGUCUCUCUGACUCUUAACUACUUAUUAGCAAUCAAGGUUAAUAAAAGCUACCUCCUGACAAACCAGAGAUGGCCUUACAUUUUAUUUGUGCAUCUUGCAGGGGUUUUUUGUUGUUUUUAAUUAAAGCGCUAAAUACCUUUUUAACAUUAAAAAUCCGAAGUUGAGUAUGUCCAGUAUUUGGAACCAAACCAAAUUGGAUUUUUGACUAUACAGCUUACUGUCCAAGUGACCUGGAACAGUUGCUUAGAACCUCCCACAGCCACAGUUUGGCAACCUGUAAAAUGUGCAUUGUAAUAUCUACUUUAUUAAGUCCAUAUAAAAUUUAAAUUAGACAAACAAGAUAAAAGCACCUGGCACUUAGUUAACACUCAACAAUAAUUAAUCUUCCCUCCCCCACCUUUAUUAAAUAAUUAGGCUUUUCCAGUUUAUCUUUCACAUAUAUACCAAAGAUAUGUUCAUAAUUAUGUAAGACCAAAGGGCUUUUUACCUUUUACAGCCCUGAGUUCCUGAGAUACCCCAUUAAGUCUGUGUACUUAUUUGCAAAUUUUUAUUUUGUUUCUUGUUUUGUUUUUUGUUUUAGUUUAACCCCUAUGUGUGCCAGAGUCAGUGCUGCAUAGUUUGAGCCUGAUAGGAUUAACUUUACAAAUGAGACAUUUAAGUCACAUCUGCCAAGAAUUAUGAUUUGAAUGAAACUUUAACUUACACAGGUUUUUAGAUUUAGUUAGCCUAAGUUAUCAGCUGUCUGAAGUUAUUCAUAACCUAAGUGGGGCAUGACCCUGAAAAGGAGGGAUGAGAACUGCUGAUCUUAGAUACUCUGAGAACCCACUACUCUGUAAUCAUACCUAUAAAAUCAUUCGUGUGCUGGCAGCCCCAAAAGGAGCAUAAACCAGGGACUUUGAUAUCAUGCAGCAGAAGACCAAAUUAUUUCUCCAAGCUUUGAAGUAUAGUAUUCCUCACCUUGGAAAAUGCAUGCAGAAACAGCAUUUGAAUCACUAUAACUUCGCUGAUCAUUAUUACAAUAGAAUAAAAUUGAAAAAAUAUCACCUAACCAAGUGUCUUCAGAAUAAACCCAAGAUAUCAGAGUUAGCAAGAAACAUCCCAAGUCGGAGCUUCUCAUGUAAGGAUCUUCAGCCUGUUAAACAAGAAAACAAAAAACCCCUUCCAGAAAACAUGGAUGCAUUUGAAAAAGUGAGAACAAAAUUAGAAACACAGCCACAAGAAGAAUAUGAAAUCAUCAAUGUGGAAGUUAAACAUGGUGGUUUUGUUUAUUACCAAGAAGGUUGUUGCUUGGUUCGUUCCAAAGAUGAAGAAGCAGACAAUGAUAAUUAUGAAGUUUUAUUCAAUUUGGAGGAACUUAAGUUAGACCAGCCCUUCAUUGAUUGUAUCAGAGUUGCUCCAGAUGAAAAAUAUGUGGCUGCCAAGAUAAGAACUGAAGAUUCUGAAGCAUCUACCUGUGUAAUUAUAAAGCUCAGCGAUCAGCCCGUAAUGGAAGCUUCUUUCCCGAAUGUGUCCAGUUUUGAGUGGGUAAAGGACGAGGAAGAUGAAGAUGUUUUAUUCUACACCUUCCAGAGGAACCUUCGCUGUCAUGACGUAUAUCGAGCCACUUUUGGUGAUAACAAACGUAAUGAACGCUUUUACACAGAAAAAGACCCAAGCUACUUUGUUUUCCUUUAUCUUACAAAAGACAGUCGUUUCCUCACCAUAAAUAUUAUGAACAAGACUACUUCUGAAGUGUGGUUGAUAGAUGGCCUGAGCCCUUGGGACCCACCAGUACUUAUCCAGAAGCGAAUACAUGGGGUCCUUUACUAUGUUGAACACAGAGAUGAUGAAUUAUACAUUCUCACUAAUGUUGGAGAACCUACAGAAUUUAAGCUAAUGAGAACAGCGGCUGAUACCCCUGCAAUUAUGAAUUGGGAUUUAUUUUUUACAAUGAAGAGAAAUACAAAAGUGAUAGACUUGGACAUGUUUAAGGAUCACUGUGUUCUAUUUCUGAAGCACAGCAAUCUCCUUUAUGUUAAUGUGAUUGGUCUGGCUGAUGAUUCAGUUCGGUCUCUAAAGCUCCCUCCUUGGGCCUGUGGAUUCAUAAUGGAUACAAAUUCUGACCCAAAGAACUGCCCCUUUCAACUUUGCUCUCCAAUACGUCCCCCAAAAUAUUACACAUACAAGUUUGCAGAAGGCAAACUGUUUGAGGAAACUGGGCAUGAAGACCCAAUCACAAAGACUAGUCGCGUUUUACGUCUAGAAGCCAAAAGCAAGGAUGGAAAAUUAGUGCCAAUGACUGUUUUCCACAAAACUGACUCUGAGGACUUGCAGAAGAAACCUCUCUUGGUACAUGUAUAUGGAGCUUAUGGAAUGGAUUUGAAAAUGAAUUUCAGGCCUGAGAGGCGGGUCCUGGUGGAUGAUGGAUGGAUAUUAGCAUACUGCCAUGUUCGAGGUGGUGGUGAGUUAGGCCUCCAGUGGCACGCUGAUGGCCGCCUAACUAAAAAACUCAAUGGCCUUGCUGAUUUAGAGGCUUGCAUUAAGACGCUUCAUGGCCAAGGCUUUUCUCAGCCAAGUCUAACAACCCUGACUGCUUUCAGUGCUGGAGGGGUGCUUGCAGGAGCAUUGUGUAAUUCUAAUCCAGAGCUGGUGAGAGCGGUGACUUUGGAGGCACCUUUCUUGGAUGUUCUCAACACCAUGAUGGACACUACACUUCCUCUGACAUUAGAAGAAUUAGAAGAAUGGGGGAAUCCUUCAUCUGAUGAAAAACACAAGAACUACAUAAAACGUUACUGUCCCUAUCAAAAUAUUAAACCUCAGCAUUAUCCUUCAGUUCACAUAACGGCAUAUGAAAACGAUGAACGAGUACCUCUGAAAGGAAUUGUAAGUUAUACUGAGAAACUCAAGGAAGCCAUCGCGGAGCAUGCUAAGGACACAGGUGAAGGCUAUCAGACCCCUAAUAUUAUUCUAGAUAUUCAGCCUGGAGGCAAUCAUGUAAUUGAGGAUUCUCACAAAAAGAUUACAGCCCAAAUUAAAUUCCUGUACGAGGAACUUGGACUUGACAGCACCAGUGUUUUCGAGGAUCUUAAGAAAUACCUGAAAUUCUGAAACACUACAUUCAACUGGGAAUUGGAAACACACUGAAAUAUUUCAUAGUCUUACUUCCAAUUGAGUUAGCAAAAAAAAAAUUAAUAACUUGAGACUUUUAAGUUAUUAAUUUUUUAAAAUGUGCUUCUCCAUCUAAAUUUUGCUUAGUCUACAUCUCACUUGCUUAUACUAUUCUCUCCAUUGAUGCACAUGCCCAUUAACCUAGGAAAGUAGUUUUCAAAUCAUGCUCCUUAGAAGGAUGUGGAGUAGAGGGAAGGGAAGGAUUGGUGAUAGCAGAGCUCCAGGCCUCCCUUCCAGUCAGAACAGUUGAGCAGUUUACAAAUUAGUGUCCUGCCUCUUUGCUAGCAAAUGCUUUUAGACACUGUGGCAGUGAGUCAUCCUCUAAUUUCUAUGACUGCAUUUUAAGGGAAAAGAUAAAAUUCUUCCCCUUAAAAUUCGUUAAAGUUUUUGAAUAAUCUGGGGUCCUAAUGUGUUCUGGUCAUCCCUGAUUGAUGCUAUCUGAAUAAAGUUAUAAGCUCCUAUAAGCCAUAAUUUACUUUUAAACAUUUUAUUUUUUUCAAAACAUUUGAGAACCUUUCUUAAAGCAGUUACAUUCAAGCUACAGAAAUAUCGAAGAAUUAAUGAUUGUUCACCAAGCAGCAUGCUGUACAUGAAGCUAUUACAAAUGCUUACAGUCCCAGUGAAAUGCCAGUGUCUUCAUCUCUUCAUAAAGGUGCCUAACACGAGGUAUACAGUAUGUUCAGUACACUGGAAUAGCAUGCUCGAUUGGAAACAAAGCAUCUAUCUCUGAAAGCUGUUUGGCGAUGAAGGAGAUUCUUCGUGUUGUGUUCAAAGAUGAGUCCCUCUCCCUUGUCCAGAAAAAUGCCACUUGUAUCAACUUUACUGCCUUUGUUGGCAGAAUUGGUACUUAACCUUAUUCUCAUUGUAGCGGGAAGGCCCGAAAUCAUAUUAUGUAGAUUUAACAGUGUUGAUUCUCCAAAAUUCAGAACCACGAUAAAGAUUCUGUCGAUGCCAUCCAGCUCUCUUGUGUACACAACAUAGUGGCUGUCAUUCCUCAAAUGGCAAAACCAGCCCCUGUUGAGGAGUAGCUCAUUGGCAUGAAGUAGACUUAAAUCUUGAUAUAACUUCAAAGCCGAUCUGGGCUGAGUCUUUUGGACCUAUUUUUAAAAAAAAGUAUUUACAUAAGUGUUUGAUUCUAAGAAUUGUUUGUAAGUAUUUUUAAUAUAUUGUAAGGAGUUAUUUACCCAAAACACUUGCUCCAAUUUUGCCCCUUAUAAUUGCCAAAUUGUAAGCAUCAAUAAGUAGGUAAGAACAAUUUAUAUAAAAACUGAUAGAAAUGACAAAUUCGGGGUUUCAGCUUGUCUGGGAGUCAAUAAGUAUGCACAGUGCUCUGCUACAUUGUAGAGUUUCUGUAGAGAUCAAAUUUGACUCCACUUUAGGAGUCCCAAAGCAAAUGUCCAUGGCUAAGAUGAAUAUUUAACUUGCAUAGUCAUUCUGUGCUAUAUUGUAACUGCCAGAUGGCCAGAAGGAAGGCAACAGUGGACUCAGACUUCUGAGGAAUUUGGGUUUGUUCCCCUUUGUAGACUAAUGUGUAGGUUGCUGUUGUGCAAAGAUCGUGUAACUUUAGCAGACAUGUAUUUCUUGCACAGCUAAUAGAAGACAAAGUUGAAAAAAAGGAUGCAAAAUAAAAAGCUGCCUAAGGUGAAAGUUAGAAAUUGUAGACUUUUUUUACCAUAAUAGUAUGUGUUCAUUAAAGAUGAUUUGGGUUUAUUUUACAGCUAUAUAAAACAUAAUUUGAUGAUGUACUUCUAACCUUUCAAGCAUUUUCUGUUAUUGACUAUAUAAUAUAGCCUCCAUAAAUGUUUUUAAUGACAAUAUUCUGUUGAAUGGUUGUACCAUACUCAACCAUGCCCUUUCAUUUUGACGAUAGUGUUUCUAAUAUUUUCUAUUUUUAUUCCCCUCCCCCCAUUUUUGUAUUACUUAAGAUAGAUUAUCAGAAAGACAGUUACUUUGUCAAAGACUAUGGGCACUUGAUACAUAAUGCCAAAUUAUUCUUCAUAAGAGCUGUUGCCAAAUCAGUGAUAAUGUUCAUUUAAUUGUACUCUUGCCAGCCAUGUUUACUGGGGUGAUAGUUGUUAUUGUGGUUGUUAUUGUUCUUUAGGGGUAGGUUCCCAAUAUGUGGUCUUUAAAUAAUUAUCUAAUGGUGUUUAAAAAGAUGUUUAUUCUGUUUGUCAGGUACAAAGAUAUUUAUGAUACAUGUAUGACUUGUCAAAGUUAUUAACAUUUUCUCUAGCCUUAGGUAAUGCAUGAAAGCACAUGUUUCAGUGCCACUCACAUAAGAAGUUCCCGGUAAGUGUUAGCUAUUAUUGUCUACUUGAGUUACUACUUUCUAAAAGUAUGUUGAAGUCUUUUUCUGUAAUUGCAGAUUUGUUGAUUUUGCAUUUGAGUAUUUUCUAUAUUUUGAAGCUGUUAGAUGCAUAGUCAUGAUUUUUGGUGGAAUGUUUAUCAAUUUUUGAAAAUUGCCUUUGUCUCAUAUAAUGCUUUUCAUAUUGAACUAUAUUUUGUCUGCUAUUAAAUAUUUCCAAGCCUGA